AUGGAGAUUAAUAGUUUUUCCAAAAGCAAUGUCUACAAAAAGAAUGACAUUUUGAGUCCUAGAACACCUAGAACUCCACCGAUUAGUGGAAAUUCAGACAACAAUCAAUACAGUACAUGGUCCUCUAAUGACCAGGACAGCGAAGAAGCUGAGGGAUCGUCUAAUCAUGGUCACAACAUCCAUGAAGUCUCUGAAGACAUUGAUCGGUUCACCGACUCUCUCUCCACUGCUGAUGACAAAUCAAAUGCUCCGCAAGUCCCAGAAACGGUUGAGACGAUUGUGAAAAUUAUCGAAUCGAGGAUUGCCAAGUUCAAUUCUAACAAAACUCCAACAAAGUCCGGUAAGAUGACCGAGGAAGACUCGUUUUUCAUGGAAGCCGUGAGGAGUUUAUCGAAACUAGCCAAUGCUUUCAACGAAUUCCCCUCGAGUUCAACCACCUCAUCAUUGCUUGACAGAACCAGCAUGGUCUUGCAGAGAGCUAUGGCGUUCAUGGAAGAGGAGUUUCGUGCUAUUCUGGAAUAUUCUGGAACCUCGAAUGCAAAACAUCUAAGCACAAAAUCCUCUUCUUUCAAUUCCAUACAAGAAGAGUCCUCCGACCGUUGCAUGUUGCCUGAACUCGAAUCUGCCAGAGAAGAUGAUUAUCCGGGAUACUCACCAGAAAUCGUAACAAAAAUGAACAGAAUUGCUAUGGUAAUGAUCUCCGUAGGCUAUGAAACGGAGUGUUGUAAGGUUUAUAGCAUUGCCAGACGAAAAGCAUUCAAUGACGCAAUGAAAAAGCUUGAGCUCGAGAAGAUAAAUAUCGAAGAUGUACAGAGGAUGCCCUGGGAGUCUCUCGAAGGAGAAACCACAAGGUGGAUCAAAGCAGCCAAGGACUGCUCCAAUGUCCUCUUCCCCGGGGAACGAAACCUUGCAGAAUCGGUCUUUUCGGAGUAUCCAUUGAUUUCUCGAAGCCUAUUCUCUAACCUCGCACGUGCUGUAGUCAUACAACUUCUUGACUUCGCUGAGGCCGUGGCAAUGACGAAACGAUCGGCUGAGAAGCUGUUCAAAUUUCUUGACAUGUAUGAGACUCUUUCUAAUCUCAUUCCGGCGAUCAGUGGGUCAAGUUCCGAUGACAAUCACCAUGAAAUGAAGUCUGAGAUCUCCUCCACCGGCGACCGGAUAGGGGAGGCUGCCGUGAACAUCUUCUGUGAUCUCGAGAACUCGAUAAAGGGCGACGUUGCAAGAACUCCAGUGCCCGGUGGCGCAGUGCACCCCCUGACGCGGUAUGUCAUGAAUUAUUUAAAAUACGCCUGUGAGUACAAGAAAACCCUAGAACAUAUAUUCCAACAACAUGCAAAGCUUGAAGGGUCCUCCAUUGGUUUUAUCAAAUCGAACCUAGAAACUGAGAACGAAAGCCCUCGUGGUAAUCAAAUUAUGGCAAAUGCGACGCCGUUUUCAAUACAAUUAAUGACAGUUAUGGACCUCUUGGACUCAAAUUUGGAGGCAAAGUCAACACUGUAUAAGGACCUUUCAUUACGCUACAUUUUCAUGGUGAACAAUGGUAGAUACAUAUUACAGAAGGUCAAGGGGUCCACAGAGAUCCACCAGGUGAUGGGUGACACGUGGUAUCGGAGAAGAUCAACGGUGGUGAGGCAAUUUCACAAGAAUUACCAGAGAGAGACAUGGGGUAGGGUUUUGCAGUGUCUAGGUCACGAGGGUUUGCAAGUGAAUAAGAAGGUGCAAAAGCUAGCGGUGAAAGAGAGGUUCAAGACUUUUAGUACGGUUUUUGAUGAGAUACACAAGACACAGAGCACGUGGGUGGUGAGUGACGAACAGCUUCAGUCAGAGCUUCGAGUAUCUAUAUCAGCUCUGGUGAUUCCGGCGUACCGGUCGUUCUUGGGGAGGUUCCAGCAGCACUUGGACGGUGGAAGAUCGGCGGAGAAGUACAUCAAGUAUCAACCAGAAGAUAUUGAGACCUUAAUUGAGGGACUCUUUGAUGGUAAUCCGACGUCCAUGAAUAAAAGGAGGACGUAG